UGACGUUUCCGGAAGUUCAGCAGCUGCAACUCGCAGCGGCUAACAGCUAAUAUCAGGUAGCUGAAGCUCUAAGCAGAAGAACAGACAGACAGUGUGUCUGUGGAUGGAAGUGUGCAGCUCAGCCAUGGGACCGGAGAGAGUCUUACCGAACACUGAAGAUGAGCUUAGGGAGGAUGAGCGUCCCGCUGACGGAGCGCUGAUGCCAGUGUGGAGUGGGGGGGACACAGGGGAACAGGGGGAACAGGGGGAGGGUGGAGGGGGAGAAAUGGAGCUUGAUGGCGAGGAGGAAGAGGAGGGGGAAGUAAUCAAUGGAGGAUAUUAUUACCAACCUCUUAACCAGGAGCCUGAUGGUGUUCACAGCAGUGAGCAGCUUGGGGAGGAGGGGGAGGAGAGGGUGGAGGAGGAGGCCGCCCCCCACACAGAGCAGCUGCAGCAGGUGCAGCAGAGGAUAGAGGUGAUGGGGCUCCACCUCCCUGAAGCCCCUCCCCCAGAAAGUGAUGAGGAGGAAGACCCUGAGGGGGCGGCAGCCCAAAGGAGCCGAGCAUCCAUCCCCAUGGAUGCAGACCACGUGGAGCUGGUGAAGAGGACGAUGGCUGCCAUCGCAUUGCCGUCUCUGGGUGUGCCGUCAUGGGCCAGAGAGAUCUCAGAUGACCAGUGGACGGACAUGGUCCAGACCACACUGCAGAGCCGGCAGAGCGCUGCUGCCAUGGGCUUCCCCUGCAGGAAUAACAUCAAUGGACCCUGAACACACCACAACCAUUCAAAUCCCCUCUUCUUACCCUGAUUACAACAACACAGCUUCAUCUAGUUCUUUUGACCCUGAACGCAACAUCGCAGAUUUAACUGCCUCUGCUGGCAUUCAUUUCACCUCUAUAGCAUCAGUGUCCCUGAACCCAUCACUAUAGUUCAACAGUUUGUUCAGUCCUGGAAUGCACCACCACUGCUUCAACAGCUUGUCCUUAACGCACUAGAAGCUCUUCAUUGAAGCUGACUAAAGGACGGGAAUGACUGGAUGAAGGUGACUUUUUAAUUGACAGUGAAAACCAAUGAGAGUCUGAUUUUUGUGUGUUUUGAUGAUCAAGUGAACCUGUUUAUUUUAGUUCCAUUAACAAAUUAAACUUUAAGAUUUUGAUUUUAUUACCUUUGUGUAAUUGAAUCCCUCAGUUUUCGCUACAGAGUCAGACAGUCUUGUUUGUAAGGUUUUAGUCUAGAAAUAUAUUUUAUUUCUUUUAAAAGUACCCAACAAACUCAAAUACAUUUUAAAAAAUUGGAGUUAAACUCAGUUAAGUUUGUGAACAUAAAGUUUCCUGCUGUAACCUUAUUCUAGUCAGUAAAAAGGUGAUGAAAUAAUGUUGAAAAUGUCAAAAAAAUGUUCUUGCAGUUAACAAAAAGAAAACCACAAAUGUAUUCAUCAAAAUUCAACAAGGGCAAGCUGUGCUAACAUUAGCCUGUUAGCUCAUUUCUUCUCACUCAACAGGUUACAGCUUCAUUCUGUUCAGUUUUACUCUCCGGUGCUCAGAAAUUGUUUAGCUUACUGAAAGUACUCGAUUUUCAAUUGGUACCACCAAGUGAGACUUCACAUUUUCAAAAAAGAAACAAGCCUUAAGUCAUUUUAAACAACACUGAGACUUAACCAGAUAUUUCUAGCUAGCAGACCAGGAAAUGCUCCUUUUCUUCUAUCAGCUUAUUAAAGUUAGCUUGCGUUAGCAUAAGAGCUAAUGUCAAUUUUGUUAUGUUUAACUUGUAUUCAGCUCAAUCAAAGGUGCUGCCCAGACUGACCUGCUAACAAGCAGAGGUUGUUUAAUAUUUGUAUUUCUCUUUAGAUGUAUGACUCUCACAAACAUUACCUAACAUAAUGACAGGCGAACAUUAAUAAGCUACACUAAUACAAAAAACAUAAAAACCCAGCUAGGGUUAGGAUACAGAGGUUAGUGGAUGUUUAAAAAAAUAUGAUUUAAAAACUAUCAAUUGACGAAUGAGUAAAAAGUAAUUUCAAUGUCAGCAGUUAAUUAACUGAGAUUCACAAUUUUUUGUUUAAGAUCUUUUGUGUCUGACAUACGACUGACAUGCAGACUAGUUUGAAGAAACAAUCUUGACAUGAUUUUACAAACUAAAUAGUUUUGACUCUUCUCUGAUCCCAUACUCUUCUGUUUUCAUUUCUAUUGAAUGUCAUUCACUGUCCUGCUGCUUUGACUUCAUCAGUUCAGGAUGUCUGUUCACAGGGGAAGUAUCUGACAGUUCUAUAUGUUGUGAUGUUGACUGAACUUCAGAGGCAUGGUGGAGACUUCUUCAGCAGAUAAUUGACCUGUGAUCUUUAGAUAUCAGUACAAAUGUAAAUCAAAAGAACUGGAUCGCGCUGUUAGUUUGUUACAUAUACGCUGCUUUUCUUCCUCCUCUGUGAAAGUGAACUGGAUGUUUGUGGUUUCGGCCUGUCACGAUUUUGAAGUGGGAAAUAUUUGGAUUCCUUGUUUUCUUUCAGUUUGUAAGCCAAACGAUGAGUGAUAAAAAAGUAAUAAUUGAUUGCAAACACAGCCGCUUGUCUCCCUGAGGUUUCUGUUGAGUGUAAAAAGUAACAUAGUUAGGAAAAAGCAACAUUCCACCUUUAAGCCUUUUAUUGAAAUGUUCACCUUGUUUAAAGAAUUGUGAAAUGUUGAACUUGUAAAUGAAUUAAUGUGUUUGUAUAAAACACAAGAUGUCUGAUUGUCAAA